CCCGUUUUUUGUUACACUCUACACUUACCUCCAAACCAAAAAAUAUCACACUAUUACAUAGUUUGUUAAAGAAAAUCUAACAAAGAAAAAGAUAAUGAAGUUUUCAGUUCCAACUUUGGUUUUAAUUUCUCUUGUUAUAACUUGUGUUUUCAUUGAGAUUACUGAUGCUGUUUCAGCUGCUCCUAUAUCUUCUCCUACUACUUCUCCUACUCAAGCCCCUCCUGGAGUGCCAGGAUUUUGUGCGGAUAAAUGCGCAUACAGAUGCUCAAGGAAUCCAAGGAACUUAUGCAAGAAAUUAUGCAUGCAUUGUUGUAAAAAAUGCCAGUGUGUUCCCAAUGGUCCUUUCGCCGACAAAAGCCAGUGCCCUUGCUACAGAGACCUCAAGAACAACGAAGGCCAAUCUAAGUGUCCUUAGUUUUAAUUUAGACCAACAAAUCCUAUGUAUCUAUGCUUAAUAUCUUUAAUCCAUCAUUAUAAUCCUUAAUGCUUAGUAAUGGUUAUUAGUAAGAAAUAAUGAUAAUUAUAUAUAUAGGGCAUCAUAUAUAUUGAUUGUCGUCUGCCCAUAAAUUAUUAAAGAUUUAGACAGUUGUUGUCAUAUGUUGUGUGAUAACUAGUGUCUCGUCUUGUAUCUGUCGUUUUGAUUUAUUGGUUUGAUGAUUAUCAUAUUUUUUGUUGAUCUUAUUAUGAGCUAUGAAAGUUUGGAUGUAAUUUGAUGUUUAUAAAGUUUGGUUAUGGCUUUAUAUGCCUUAUUUAUAUUAAA